CUUCUUUUGGCAGAUGUGAACAGCAAGGAAAUGCAAAGUGGAAACCAGACUUCUGUGUCUCACUUCAUUUUGGUGGGCCUGCACCACCCACCACAGCUGGGGAUACUGUUCUUCCUAGCUUUCCUUGUCGUCUAUGCCCUCACUGUCUCUGGAAAUGGCCUCAUCAUCUUCACUGUCUUUGUGGACACCCGGCUCCACCGCCCCAUGUACUGGUUCCUAUGUCACCUCUCCUUUUUGGACAUGACCAUUUCCUCUGUCAUUGUCCCCAAGAUGCUAGCUGGCUUUCUCUUGGAUAGUAGAGUUAUCUCCUUUGGGGGCUGUGUAAUCCAACUUUUUUCUUUCCAUUUCUUGGGCUGCACAGAAUGCUUCCUUUACACGCUAAUGGCUUAUGAUCGUUUCCUGGCCAUUUGUAAGCCGUUACAUUAUGCCACCAUCAUGACCCGUAGUGUCUGUAACUACCUGGCUUUUGGCACCUGGCUGGGAGGCACUCUCCAUUCACUUUUCCAGACAAGCUUCAUAUUCCGGCUGCCCUUCUGUGCUCCAAACCAGGUGGACUACUUCUUCUGUGACAUUCCUGCCAUGCUGCGUCUAGCCUGUGCUGACACCACCAUCAAUGAGCUGGUCACCUUUGUGGGCAUUGGAUUCCUGGCCCUCACCUGCUUUGUGUUUAUCCUUACUUCCUAUGGUUGCAUAGUGGCUGCUAUCCUGCAAAUCCGGUCCGUUGAUGGGCGCAGCAACGCCUUCUCCACCUGUGCUGCCCACCUCACUGUUGUCAUUGUUUAUUAUGCACCCUGCACCUUCAUUUACCUUCGUCCUGGCUCACAGGAACCCCUGGAUGCAAUGGUAGCUGUCUUCUACACUGUCAUCACUCCCUUGCUUAACCCCAUCAUCUACACACUCCGCAAUAAAGAGAUGAAGGCAGCAUUACGGAGGCUGGGAGGUCCCAAGGAUGUGCAGCCUCAUGGACUCCAUGCAUCAUAG